ACUACAGGGGACAAUUCAUCCAAUUCACAUAAGGGUGUUGAGUGAAAGCAAGGGGAGGGAUGGUAAAGGGGGCUGGGACAUACACAUUUGAAAGACAACUCAAAAGGAAGGAGCUGCUGCACCAGACUGUAUGUGGGGCGUGUGUGAAUGAGAGACGGAGAGAGAUGACAGAGAAGGAAGAAGCCACUGGCCAGAUCUGCCUAAAACUUUGCAGAAAGCACUUACAAGAGAGAGUCAAAUGAGCUAAGAGACUGGGAGAGUUUUCCUCCCUACAACAAGGAAGGAACUCAAAUAAGGUGGCUUCGGAUCACUGACAGAUUACAUCAGAUCAGAAGAGAAUAUCUUCAUAUACCAAAUACAUUCUUCCCAUCCUUCUCCUUGAGCAGGCAUGGAGUUCAGCAUUGAAACCGACAACCACUCAGUCACGGAGGAAUGUGACUACACCGAAUGGAGUUCUUCAAAGAUCCUGAUUCCUUCCAUCUACUUGCUCGUUUUCUUUCUAGGUACCACUGGCAAUGGCCUGGUGCUAUGGACCAUUUUCUGGAGAAGCCAUGAGAAACGGCGAUCUGCAGAUACAUUCAUUGCCAAUUUGGCUAUGGCUGAUCUGACUUUUGUGGUUACCUUGCCACUCUGGGCUACCUAUGCCAUCCUGGAUUAUCACUGGUCCUUUGGCUCUUUUGCCUGCAAACUCAGCAGCUACCUGGUCUUUGUCAACAUGUAUGCCAGUGUCUUCUGCCUCACGGGGCUUAGCUUUGACCGCUACUUGGCUAUUGUUCGCCCCAUUGCAAACGCCAAACUGAGGUCAAAAGCUAGUGGAGUUUUAGUGACUACUAUUCUCUGGGCCUUGGCAGCCUUUCUGGCUUUGCCAGCAAUGAUCUUCCGGAGUGUGGGCAUGCUCAGUGCGGAGCAUGACAAGGUGACCUGUUUCAUGGAUUUCUCCAGUGUGGCAACCAAUGAGACAGAGGCAACCUGGGAAGCAGGGCUUGGAUUGUCCUCCACCCUCAUGGGCUUUGUAGUUCCCUUUGCCAUCAUGCUGACCUGCUACUUCUUCAUCGCCCAGACCAUUGCUGGUCACUUCCGAAAAGAGCACAGCGAAGGGUUGAGGAAACGGAAGCGUUUGCUGACCAUUAUCAUUGUCCUGGUGGCCACUUUUGCUUUAUGUUGGCUGCCCUUCCAUUUGGUGAAAACGAUCUACAUGCUGAUGGAUUGGGAGGUGAUGCCUUUGUCUUGUGAUGUCCAUGCCUUUCUUAGCAACCUUCACCCAUACUGCAGCUGUUUGGCUUAUGUCAACAGCUGCCUCAACCCUUUCCUCUACGCUUUCUUUGAUCCCCGCUUUCGACAGGCCUGUGCUGCUGUCCUCCGGUGCAACUCAGGGCAUUUGGCAGGAACUGCGGGGGACAAGUCAGCCAGUUAUUCCUCUGGACAUAGCCAGAACCACCCAGGGAAAGGACUGGAACCACAGCGGGAGAAAUCGGGCCCCAAAACUCAGGAGACUUUGCUUCGUGGGUAAAAACUGAAUAACAUCAAGUACCAAUGAAGGACUUUGGACAUAAAGAGAAACAUGCCUGUUGUCUACCUUCAAACUCUUUUAUAGCAUUUGUUAUAGCAUUAGUUUUCUAACACUAUUUCAUUUAAAAAAAACAAACCCUACACUGUAUUAUGCUUUUCUUCCUUUAUUUACCUUUCAGGGAUGUUGUUCUGCAGGGUGGGAAGGAGAGCAUUGAAUCCUCCAAUGACAAUUCUGCCCCAGAAAUGACAUUUACCUCCAGUCUCCAGAUUUCUAACAUGGCAGAGCGUGAGACUUUAAAACCAUACACACUGAGAAAUCCCAGAUAUCCUAUGUUUGUAUUCUUUGGUAACUCUGCCUUCUCCUUCCCUUUGGAUGGCCACCCUCUUUUUCUAAAUUCUGAAUUGAAGUUUUAAGUUACUGCAGUGCUGGAAAGGUGAGAUUUGAAGGGAAAAGCCACGGGGUGGCAAAAUUCAUACAUGAGGGCAAGGUCCUCAUUUCGCCCUCACUGUAUCUGCACCUCAUGCAUAUUCUGCUGAGAUGUCAAUUUUAAUUUUGUCACUUGACCUCUUUUAAUAACAAAUAUCCUACUGUGAUAUAAAAUAAGCUUCUUAAAACCAGUUAGAGUCAUGCCUUUUGAUUUGUAGAGAAAAGCUCAAGUGUGUUCUGUAUCACAAAGUGUCUGUUGUGCUUACUGUCAUUGACUUAUUAGUUUGCUUACUCAAGUUUAAGACUAUAAGCCAAAUCCUGAAAUGUUUAUUCAGACAUGUAUUGCAGACUGUCAAAUAGAACAGUGGCGUCAAAUUUGUGGCCCUUCAGGUGUUUUGAACUUUAGCUCCCAGAUUUCCUGGCUACUGGAUGAGCUGACUAGGACUUCUGGGAAUUGGGGGCCCAAACAUCUGGAGGGCUACACAUUUGACACUUCUGAAAUAGAAGAUUUGUAAGUCAAGAUUAGGGAACCUGUGCUUAUAGAAAUAUACAGGUCUUAUCAGUUUGACCAGAAUGGCUAAUGGCUAUGGAUUCUGGGAGGUGUAGUUGAAUACCUAGAAAGUUACACAUGCACAACUUCUACAUCAGUAUAGCCACAAUGAUUUAUCUCCAACUAUUUUGUACAGAAGACUGGUGGUGUUUCAAGUCAGACCCAGUGCGAAGUCAAUAGAUGACAUAUAGCAACCAACACACUUGCCUUCAUCUUUUGUUUAUCUGUCGAUACCUGGAGUCUCCAACAAUUUUCCUGUAUUUCUAUGGGCAGAAAUAAUACCAAAGCUAUAACAAACUGGUACCAUGGACAGAAGACUUUACCCUGGUAGAAGUUUAUUUCUCUCUGUAGACUAGACUCAUCACUGAACACAUUAGGAACCAAUGUAAAACUCUUGUCCCUUGGUUACUCUUUUCCCUACAGUUCAUCACCAUUUCCUUUCAUUAAAUAUCCUCCUUUUUGUCUUUUAUUAGGUUAAGUACCAUGAGAUCUUAACUGUAAGGCACAACAAUUGUUUCUUUUUGUUUGUUCUUAGAUGUGCCUUACUUUUUAAUGUUUCUUUGCUCAUAAGUCGCUGGGAGCUGGUUUCUCCCAGAACGUAAUGGCAUGUCUACAGCACCUACUUUUUUGCAGGUAGCAGAAAAAGAAGCAGAAAUACACUAUCACAUUUUAAUUGGCCAUAAGAAAUUCCUCUUAUGGGCUUGGAAGGAUUCAAAUGGCUAUUUUUCCAUGUUUUAUUUUUCUCUAUUCAUUGAUUUAAAGCAUUAAGCCAGAUAGCUUAAUUAGUCUGAGCUCUUCUGACAGUAAUAUUCUGGAUUCUCACUACUGGAAUAAGAAUUAUAUAUGUAAAUGCUUCUUUGCAUAUUCUUUGUUCUUAUUAUUAACAUGCCUAGCAAAAUAUUUGAUAAAAUGUCUGUAUUUCUUUCUUUUUAUAUUUUUAUAACCAAGUUUUUGUCUAAAAAUGCAUUGUAAAUGGAACUCUUCUAAAUAAAACUGUUGCUGAAAUUUUAAA